CUUGAAUGGGUAUAUACAGCUUGUUUGUGAAAAAUGAAGUAACUUGCAAAUGUUCCCUGAUUCACCAAGUCUCACUUCCUCGGUCUCACUCACCUACUAAUCGAGCUCCUAUUCAUUUAGUGGAGUAGCUAUUUAGGGAAUGUCGAAACGUUACACUUGUUGGGAACUGGGUACACCGGUACAUGGAUAACGAAUACCGAUAUGACAAUCACCGAUAUCAAUCUCCCAUAACCACAAAGCACUACAGACAUUUACGAAACGAAAGAUUAGUGAAAAUUCCGAGAGUCUACGAGCGGAAAUCAAUAUCGAACUGAACAAUAAACUCAAUGCCCCCAAAAACAGGAAUUCUCCGCUGCAAUUAUUUCAAACUACAUGUGUCCACUACAGAAACUGUUCCUGUGACAUGGUGCAAUUGGUAUCUUUAUAUAGACCAGACUGUUAGGAGUUCCAGUUCCGCUCGGGGUUACGCUAUCCUCUUCCGAUAAGCUCCUGCACUCCUUCCUGUAGCUGAUAAGAUUGAUACAGUGGGGCCCCCGGAUUAGGCAAUGGACCGUUCUAGCUGAUCGAGUAGCCAUUCGUUUAUAAGCACAAGGAAAGGCCCGAGAAAUAGUUUGGCUUUUGGAAAAUUACUACUAUUAAUAGUUAUAUUGAUAACAAGCUGACAGUGUUGUUCUUAAGGACUACAGGCUAUUGCUCUUUGAGAACACGUACAGCUCCUACAGACUAAUUGCUAUUCAUUGCUUCUGCAGAUCGCCGAUUUUCAAUUUUCAGAUCCGAAAAUGACCAUCACCGCUCCAACCUACAAGGACAUUGCUGCUCGAAAAGUUGCCGAAAGGGAUGCCAAGUUCGCUACACAUUGGUUAAUUCCAGAAGACAAACUUCCCUCUGCUGACGUCAAAGAUGUGCUCCACUGGAUUGCCAAGUCUGGCUACUUGACUCCAGCUGAAAUUGAGAUUACUGAGUCUCCGGUUGCUACUAUUCUCGACAAUAUCAAGUCUCGCAAAUGGACAGCCGUAGAUGUCACUUCGGCUGUAUGCCAUAGAGCAUCUAUAGCCCACCAAUUGACCAACUGCUUGACAGAAAUCUUUUUUGAUGAAGCUUUGGAAAGAGCACUGGAGUUGGACAAAUUCCAACAGGAAACUGGUCAAGUCGUAGGUCCUUUACAUGGAUUGCCCAUUUCGCUCAAGGACAACUUCAACAUCAAGGGACAGGCCACAACCAUCGGGAUUGUGAAUUUCUGCUUCAAUCCUGAGAAAUUUGACGAGGACGCUGUGUUGGUUAAGAUGCUCCGAGCCCAAGGAGCAAUUUUCUAUGUCAAGACAAAUGUACCUGUAGCCAUGAUGAUGCCUGAGUCCACCAACCAUAUUUGGGGUAACACAACCAACCCUAUGAAUAGGUCGUUGAGUUCUGGAGGCUCUUCUGGAGGCGAGGCUGCCUUAAUCAAACUCCGAGGCUCUCCAAUUGGCAUAGGCUCUGACAUUGGAGGCUCGAUUCGUAUUCCAGCUUCAUUCCAGAACUUGUAUGCUAUCAAGCCGACGUUUGGAAGAUUCCCUACUUACGGUGCAAGAUCAGGAUUGCCGGGCCUAGAAUCUGUCAACAGUGUCAACGGACCCUUGGGUACUUCAUUAGACGACUUGGAGUUCUAUUGUAAAGCUGUCGUUGAUAGUGAACCUUGGAAUCACGACGCAAAGUGUGUGGAAAUUCCAUGGAGGGAUAUAGAAUUGCCAGAGAAGUUGAACAUAGCCAUCUGCAUUGAUGACAAGUUCAUCCGUCCUACUCCACCAAUUCGCAGAGCUGUCAGGAUCGUAGAAGAGUCGUUGAAAGCUGCUGGACAUGAUGUCAUCGAAUGGGUUCCUGAAGAUCAUUUGCGUCUCUCAGAAAUCAUUCUGGCAUUCUUUCUUAGUGAUGGAGGUAUUCAUGUCAAAGCUGAAACAGAAGCUACAGGUGAAACCAUUUUUCCUUACAUGAAACCCUACGAGAGCGCUGUAGACAUCUCAGUGUCUCAAUUGUGGAAGCUACAUGCAGAAAGAACUAAGCUCAUUAAGAAGUAUCUCGACAGAUGGAUGGCUACGGCAGAAGUUACCAAGAACGGCAAACCCAUCGACGCCAUCAUCAUGCCAGUGACGCCUUUUGCGGGCAACCCUAAUGGAAAAUUCCACAACUACGUAGGAUACACUUCUCCCUUCAACGUUUUAGACUACACUGUAGGAGUUUUCCCCGUGACUCGUGCUGAUCAGGAAUUGGAUCCAAGAGACGAGGAAAGCGCCAACUACAAUUCAGAAGACAAUGCUGUUUGGAGUGACUUCGAUCCUAGUGCCAACCAUGGGGGAGCCGCUGCGUUGCAGCUUAUUGGCAGGAAGUUCCAGGAGGAAAAGGUCAUUGCUAUGAUGAAGGUCAUUUCCGAGCUUAUCAACUAUUCUGAUUGA